GGAUAAUUUAGCCUACCGUACUGUCCGUUGCGCCAUUUUAUUUAUUAAGCUUUGGCGCGAAGCAUUUGAAAUAGGCCCUGUCAACUUACCCAAGCGAGUCCAUGACUCAAUGCACUCCAGACCUCCCUUCAGACUCAGAGCCGCACACUGUCUCCAUCGCCAUUACAACUUCUCCGCUAUUCCACAUGAUUCUUUUCAAUAUACCCAAAACCAAGAACCCCUUUUGCCUUCAGAGAAUCACAAAUAUGCCCAUCUCUUACAGUCCUGCCUACAACAAUGCAAACAAAUCCGAACCCGCCACCUGUUCGACGAAAUGCCUCAACUGCUGGCUCAUGCUUUGAACACCAGCAAAAUUGUCCAUGCCCAGAGCCUGAAACUUGGUUUUUCUUCAAAAGGGUCUCUAGGAAACACCAUUGUAGAUCUUUAUGCUAAGUGUGGCAAUGUGGACUUCGCUGAGAAGGCAUUUAACCAGUUGGAGGACAAGGGUGUAUUGGCUUGGAACUCGGUUCUUUCUAUGUACUCGAGGCGGGGCUUUUGGGAAAAGGUUGUUGAGUGUUUUGGGUUAUUGAGGAACUGUGGAGUAUUGCCAAAUGAAUACACGUAUGCAAUUGUUUUGUCUGCUUGUGCAAGAAUGGUGGAUGUUGUGUAUGGUAGGCAAGUCCAUUGUAGUGUUUUUAAGAUGGGGCUUGAAUCAAGCUCUUUCUGUGAAGGUGCACUUAUUGAUAUGUAUGCCAAGUGCAAUUGUGUGAGUGAUGCUCGGCGUAUAUUUGAUGGGGCUGUGGAUUUAGACACAGUUUCUUGGACUGCCAUGAUUGCUGGUUAUGUUCAAGUUGGUUUGCCCGAGGAGGCACUUAAAGUGUUCGAGGAGAUGCAGAAAGUUGGCCGUGUUCCCGACCUGGUGGCCUUUGUGACUGUCAUAAGUGCGUGUAUGAAUAUUGGAAAGCUUGAUUAUGCCUGUGAAAUGUUUGCCAAGAUGCCCAAUCCGAAUGUUGUUGCAUGGAAUGUGAUGAUUUCAGGGCAUGCCCAGAGAGGUUACAAUGUGGAAGCUAUUACAUAUUUCCUGAAUAUGAGGAAAGCUGGAGUGAAGUCCACAAGAUCUACACUUGGGAGUGUAUUAAGUGCAAUUGCCACUUUGGGAGCUCUAGACUACGGCCUAUUAGUUCAUGCUCAGGCAAUUAAACAGGGGUUGGAUUCAAAUGUCUAUGCAGGCAGUUCUUUGAUUAAUAUGUAUGCCAAAUGUGUGAAACUGGAUGCUGCGAAGAAAGUAUUUGAAGCUUUAGAUGAGAAAAACGUUGUGUUGUGGAAUGCAAUGCUUGGAGGUUAUGCACAGAAUGAGUAUGCCCAUGAAGUAAUCCAGUUGUUCUUUAAAAUGAAAGAAUGUGGCUUUCAUCCUGAUGAUUUUACCUAUACUAGCAUUUUGAGUGCAUGUGCUUGCUUGGAAGAUCUAGAAAUGGGUCGCCAAUUGCAUUCAGUUAUUAUCAAGAACAGACUGUCAUCAAAUUUAUUUGUGGGUAAUGCAUUGGUUGAUAUGUAUGCUAAAUCCGGGACAUUAAAGGGGGCAAGGAAACAGUUUGAGCUCAUAAGCAAUCGAGACAAUGUCUCUUGGAAUGCAAUUAUUGUUGGGUACGUGCAGGAAGAGGAGGAGGAUGAGGCUUUCUACAUGUUCCGUAGAAUGAAUUUGUAUGGAAUUGUUCCUGAUGAGGUGUCCCUUGCCAGUAUACUCAGUGCUUGUGCAAAUGUUCGAGCACUUAAGCAAGGAAAGCAAGUCCAUUGUCUCUCAGUUAAAUCUGGUCUGGAAACAAGCCUGUAUGUCGGGGGCUCUCUUAUUGACAUGUAUGCUAAGUGUGGAGUUAUUGAGGCAGCACGCAUAGUUUUUGCUUGCAUGCCUGAGCGAAGCGUGGUCUCCAUGAAUGCUCUGAUUGCCGGGUGUGCACAAAAUAAUUUAGAGGAAGCAAUAGAUUUGUUUUGCGAGAUGCGGGCUGUAGAACUGAAUCCAACUGAAAUCACUUUUGCAAGCAUUUUAGAUGCAUGUAAUGGAUCACUUAUGCUAAUACUGGGAAUUCAAAUCCACUGUCUUAUAGUAAAAUGGGGUCUUCAGUUUGAUGGUGACUUCUUGGGCAUCUCUCUGUUGGGCAUGUAUUUGAAAUUCCAAAGAAAAGAAGAUGCAGAUAUUCUUUUUUCAGAGUUUCCAAAUCCGAAAAGUACAGUUUUAUGGACUGCUUUUAUUUCAGGACUCGCUCAAAAUGAUUUCUGUGAGAGGGCUUUGCAUUUAUAUCGAGAAAUGCGUAGGGAGAAUGCCCUACCAGACCAAGCUACAUUUGUCAGUGUCCUUCAUGCAUGUGCUGUCUCAUCUUCUUUGAGAGAUGGUUGGGAGAUCCAUUCCCUCAUUUUCCACACUGGUUUUGACUUAGAUGAGUUAACAGGUAGUUCCCUUGUAGAUAUGUAUGCCAAAUGUGGGGAUGUAAAAAGCUCUGUGCAAGUUUUUGAAGAAAUGUGCAGUAAAAAUGAUGUUAUUUCUUGGAACUCUAUGAUAGUGGGGUUAGCUAAAAAUGGUUAUGCAGAAUAUGCGCUAAAGAUAUUUGAUGAGAUGAAGCAAAAAUAUGUUAUGCCAGAUGAUGUCACGUUCCUUGGUGUUCUCACUGCGUGUAGUCAUGCAGGGAAGGUAUCUGAAGGCCGUCAUAUUUUUGGCAAUAUGGUCUAUUACUAUGGCAUUCAGCCCAGAGUAGACCAUUAUGCGUGCAUGGUCGAUCUUUUUGGCCGAUGGGGUUCCCUUGAAGAAGCAGAAGAAUUAGUUGACAAAGUAAAAUUUGAACAUGAUGAUGCUAUGAUUUGGGCCUCGUUUCUUGGUGCUUGCAGAUUACAUGGAGAUGAAAUAAGGGGGCGGAGGGCAGCUGAGAAACUUAUUGAGUUAGAUCCCCUGAAUUCUUCAUCCUAUGUGCUGCUUUCUAAUAUAUAUGCUGCAUCAGGAAACUGGGAUGGGGUUAACUUUUUGAGGAGGAAAAUGAAAGAAAAAGGAGUGAGAAAGUUUCCUGGAUGUAGCUGGAUUGAAGUGGAACAAAAGAAGAACUUAUUUGUUGCAGGGGAUAGGUCUCAUACCAGUGCUGGUGAAAUCUAUGCAAUUCUGAAGGAUUUGACAGCUCUAAUGAAAGAAGAUGGUUAUGUUGCUGACACUGAUUCUUUCUUACUUGAGGAAGAGUGGUAAAAGCUCUCUUAUAUCUGGUCUUACUUUAGCAAACAUUAAGACACGAUCCUGUCCGUUUAUGCCAAAUAAAAUAAAGCAGAUUGGUGGGUAGAAGACAUUCACUCGGAAUGAAGUAUUUGGCUAAGAACCAACCGGAUUAAGUGGGCUAGACCAAUGUUUUUGGAGGUCUAGAUCUGCAUAAAGUCCCUCAUCUCUGGUUCUCUCUGUUUGAUAGAAAAACAUUGUUUCAGAUUCAGGCAUUUAGCAAUUCCAUUUUGAUAGUUCCAAGAAAGCUUAUUUGAUAUUCAGAACAUGUUAUUAUGAUCUAGAGUAUGAAACUCUCCUAAAAUAUAAUUUUUGAUUCUUUUCCCAGUUUUAGCAGUGAGAUAGGAAGAGUUGUAAUUUUGUUGUCCCAUGAGCUUCCAGUUGAAGUCAUGGGCUUGAUUUUUGAGGGUGAAAAAGGAUGUAAAGUUUAUAAAUACUCGAUAAAAUUCAUUCAUGAGAGAGAGAGAGAGAAAGAGAGCUGUGAAACUAUAAUGUGAGGUUCUUAGACGAAAACUCUUGAUAGUGACGGUCAAGUUCCAGUUUUUUCCUCUGUUAGUGGAGGUGCCAUUACAGAGUUGGGUCCAUUUAAUCCUAGAGGUCAUCAAGGCCUUUGAAAAAAUUCAUUGGCAUGGAAUAGAGCGUCAAAUCUUCUCUUUGUUGAAUCACCUGCUGGAGUAGGAUGGCCAUACUAGAACUCAAGUUCAGAUUGUACUUGUGUAGAUGCCUUUGUUGGUAAAGAGAAUAGGUUGCGCUGUUUUUUCUUUUAAAUCGAUUUUAGUUUGUCCUUGUUGUAUGGAAUUAACUGUAAGCAUUAAAAAUAUAUACAACAACAAUAUGCUUUAAUUCCAAAAAUUUUGGGGUUGGCUAUGUACUCUCAAAAGA